UUUCUUCUCCUCUCCGCUCGUUCCCCUUUCUUCUCCUCUCUGCGGCGGCGACCAGAAGCAAACCCUAGAUGCAUGGCGGACCAAGGGGAGGGGAGCAUGGACAGCACGGGCCGGACGCCGCCGCCAGGGUUUGCCCGUCGCGGAGGGCCGCGGUGGAGGGGCAGGCCCGUGGCUCCAGCACCUGCUCCUGCUCGUGGCCGUCGCGGAGGGCUGCGACAUGCGGUGGCGGAGGAAGGCCAUGGCAGCAAUGCGGCGACAGAAGAGAGGGUUGCGGAGGAGACUCGGCAAUGGAGGUACGAGAAGCUAGUCCAGAAGUACAUGCUCCUAUACUGCUGCCUAGCAUCGGAGGAGGAGAGGGCGGCCAUGGCAGAGCCCAAUUGCUGGCGGCCGGCAAUUCCAAGCAAUCUGGAGGAGCAGAUUGGCGCCAUGGAGGCUCAGCUGGCCAGCCUGCGGCAGCCUCCCCCGCCACCACCCCCAGCAAACUGAAGGAGGAGGACAUGCGCAUCUGGAAGGAGGGAGAUCCGUGGGCGACGAUCACAGGUGAGUACUUCUGGAAGACAGCAGGAGGAUCAUUGUCUCCAUCUACACUGAAGAAGAAACUUCAAGAGGAGAAUGCAUUGCUGCUGAUGGAGCUAAAGGGGUUGGAGCUACAGCUAGAGAAGAGGAAGGCAGAGAACAAGAAGUUGCUGAAGAAACAUAGCCAGGAGCUUAGAAGGAGGGAUUGGAGGGAAUGUGUAAUUGUGUGCUUGUUCUCUGUCUGCUUAGUGCUUGUUGCUAUGAUCAGUGUGAGGUAGAAUUGGGAAAUGUAGGUGGAAUAAAUAUCAACUAUGCUUGUAACCAACUAUGCUUGUAACCAUGCUUGUUUAGAUGAAAACCAUGGUUGUAACCAUGCUUGUUUAGAUGAAAACCAUGCUUGUAAUCAACUCUGUUUAUGGAAUAAUAUCAAUC